AAUAGACACACGCAGGCAUGACAUGCGAAGCGGCUCAUACUAUGUGGCCUAUAUUUCGAAAAAUAUAAAUUUGAGGCUAGUUUGAACUCGCUAGAUGUAAGCUGCUUUAGACAGUUCGUCUGUAAAGGUAGGGGAGGGUUACUGAAACUAAAAUUUUGUAUGUAACCCCCCAAUCCACCAAAAAUCUUUCUGUCGUUAGAUAAAAACUAUUCCUACAAUAUAGUUAAUCACGAACAAUUUCUAAUUGUAAUAUAAGAGAUAUAAAUUAUAAUGUGUGUAGAUGGACUUCUCUAUUUUAAUCAGGAUAUCAUUUACAUCUGACGAUUAAACAUCUGCCCUAAGAAACUCUUCUUCUUUUAAAAAUGGCUCCACUAUUUCAUAAGUGAUUUUGCCAAUUGUUCAACUCGAAGUGGACUAUAAUAAGACACCAACGACAAAGAGGUACUGGGAUAACACAUUUGACAUAAGUGUAGACUGUACAAAGAGAAUUAAGACUGUAGAACCAAGCACUCGCAAUUACAGAAGCCUGAGAAAGACAGCAUAGAUAAGAAAAUAAACACGAAAUAACUAGGAAGAUAUAUAUUUAAAAAAAAUACAGAGAGCUAAGGUGCACGGAAACGAAGAAUAGCAGAGAGCACAAGCAAUGGCAACAAAAAACUAAGAUCAUACAGAGUUGGUACCUACGGAUCCCUAAGAAACUUAACGUACUGGUUAAAUUCUCUUUCUCACUAGCCUACUGUAUAUAUUUUGACAUUUAUAAUAUUUUUGACAAUUAAAAAAUAAUGCACUUUGCAGAUGUAUAAAGAUAAGUGAUUUAUUUAAAAUCAUGUUUUACCAAUAAUAUGCUACUGAAUCUCGGAUCUGUUGUAUUUUAGUUGUUCCUUGAAUUAUCUAAUGAAAAAUAUUCUGCCAAUCAGCAGGAAUGGGUUUAAUUCAGUCCGUUUUCUGUUCUAUGACGUUUUGCGCCGAACGGGUACUAACUUGGACCUGUUGCGCCUUCGUUCUGAUGUUAAUGAUGUUCACCGUCAUUUUGCUGAUGGUUUACGGCAUUUCAGUCGGGUACCACUACGCGCAGAAGGAGCUCGCUUCUUUUGCCAUGUCAUCAAGAUCAACGACAGAAGCGCCAAUGGUGCGAAGAGCGGGCAUUGAGAGCCCUGUGGUGCGACUGCUGGCUGUCAAUAGAUCAGAAGUGGAACACGCUCCUGAGCCUUUACUAGAAGUAUACCGAACACAAAAACCAGUGGAAAAAAUCUUCAUGGAGGCUACAGAAACGCCUAUCGUACUUCUGGAGACUGAAAGGCCACCAGAGGAGCCAAAAUUGUCACCGCACGAAAGGGAGCUGGCAAGAAGACUCAUCGGCCGUUUCCGUCGCUCUCGGAACAACACGACCACCGAUAUGCCUUUCUUAAGACCCUUAAAUAGUACUGAGCCACCAAAUAUACUGACUAAGUGAGCUUGCCUUAAAAACUUGGGUUUCAGUUAAAUUUUGUAAGUUUUGUUUCUAAAUCCGACUUUAGAACUGUCAAUUUUAUAUACCGUGAUUUUAUUCAUUGGAUAUAUUGAUCAUCAAAUAUAAAAGACAAUCAUAUGAAAAUUUGGUGGUUAAAAUUAAUAUUUUUCAUUAGUUAUGAAACCAUGUUGGAACUUGAAUAAAAUGAACAUUU